UCUGAGUUAUGCUAACUUAAGUUUUCAUUACCCUUUACUUAACUUUUUUAAGGCAACCGGUUUCCUCAAAUUGUUUAAGUAAAUUCAACUUAUCCGGGCUUACACUGUAGGACAAAUGUUUAAAAUACCAUUUCACAUUAGGUUAAUAGAAUGUAUUCCUUGUGUCAAUGUAUUACAUUUUCAACUCUAAUUCGAGGACACAGUUAAUGAGAUAUUCCGCUUUUAGUCGCGUGAAACCUGCUUGUUAAUUUACUUUCCACUGCUCCACUAUUGAUGAGUGUUACAACGUGAGGAUUUGCAACGAAUGGUCGCUGCCCAUGGUGCUGCAAAUGCAAUACUCUCACAGUCGUUUCUAAAUGCGUAUCUGUAAGGACUGUUUUCUAUUGCAAAGUGAAUUUAAUCGAGCUUCAUUAAAGUUUAUUAAGUGUAGGACACGUGGAAACUGUGAAUGUUUUUAUUGCUGUAGCAGUAGUGUUUUUGUAUUAUCAGAUUCUGUUAUUGAACCUCUUGGUGUCGCUGUGCACCUUCAAAGCAACGUGUAUUUCUUUUCUCCACCCAUUUAUUGCAACUAGGCAGAUAUAUAUUGUUGCGACGUUUGGUGUGCUUUGAACUCUUUCAUUCUGUAAUCAGCAACGUUUUGUCUCCAAACUAAAUUACGUAGUUUUACAAGCCGUUUUAUAACGGUGGGAAUCAUAACGUGAUGUUUUUCAAGACGAUAUUUAAUGGAUCCUCUGUGGGUGGAUUUUGUCUUUGUUUCUCCGCCUUUUCAAUGAUAUACGUAGCUUAUGGAGACGCGAGCUAUUCUAUACCGGAGGAAAUGAAACGCGGAUCUGUGAUUGGAAAUAUAGCCAAGGAUCUCGGACUCCAUGUAAACAGACUACCGGCGCGCAAUGCCCGCAUCGAUUCUACAGGUAAAGGAAAACGCUACUGCGACAUUAAUGUGAAUACUGGAGAACUGACUGUGGCAGAAAGAAUUGACAGAGAGGGGCUUUGUGGAAAGAAAUCUGUGUGCGUUAUAAAACAAGAGCUGGUCCUGGAAAAUCCACUGGAGCUCCAUCUCAUCAGUUUGCAUAUUCAAGAUAUUAACGACAACCCACCUAUGUAUUCAAGGAGCGAAAUUAAAAUGGAAAUCGCCGAGUCUGUUGUUAAAGGCGCCCGUUUCCUACUGGAGGAAGCGACCGACGAUGACAUUGGGCAGAACUCCGUUCAAACCUACACUCUACAGAAUAACCACCAUUUCGUUUUAUCCGUUCAAGACAGUUCAGCAGGUGGAAAAUAUGCGGAGUUAGUGUUAGAUAAAGAGUUAGAUCGUGAGCAGGUGCAGGAGGUAUCAUUCAUUCUUACAGCAUUAGAUGGUGGGACUCCACCGAAAUCAGCUACAGUAGCCAUACACGUCACUGUACUCGAUGCUAACGAUAAUGCUCCAGUGUUUAGUCAGUCUGUUUAUAAAGUCAGUCUGCCUGAAAAUUGUCCAAUAGGCACGGAAGUUACAAGAGUGAGCGCAAAUGAUGAAGAUGAGGGACAGAACGGCGAGGUGACAUAUGGCUUUGGCCGUUUGUUGGAAAAGGACCAGGGCAUAUUUUCUUUGGAUCCAAAAAGUGGUGUAGUAACUGUUAUUGGUGCAGUAGACUAUGAAGAAGAGAUGAUGCAUGAAUUGAGGAUAAUAGCUAAAGAUGGAUCUGGGUUAACAUCUUAUUCAGAUCUAACUGUUGAGAUAACUGACGUUAAUGAUAAUAUUCCUGUUAUAGUUCUUAAGUCUUUGAAAACCCCAAUUCCUGAGAAUAUCUUGCCUGGUGCAGAGGUUGGUAUCAUAAAUAUUCAGGAUAGAGAUUCAGGUCAUAACCAGCAGGUGCAUUGUUUUAUUAAACAAAACAUUCCUUUUAAACUGGUUCCAUCUUUGAAAAAUUAUUAUUCUCUGGUGACUACAGGUGAGUUAGAUAGAGAGAUUAUAUCUGAUUAUAAUGUUACAAUCACUGCUACAGAUGGAGGUUCUCCACCUUUAUCCUCCUCUAAAACUAUUCAUCUUUCAGUAGCUGAUGUAAAUGAUAAUCAUCCUGUAUUCGAGGAACAGUUUUACAGCGCUCAUGUGAAAGAAAAUAACAAACCAGGGUCCUCUGUUUGUACAGUAGCAGCAACAGACCCAGACUGGAGACAGAAUGGUACUGUAGUUUAUUCUUUAUUAACGUCUGAUAUUAAUGGUUCACCUGUGUCCUCACUUCUAUCAAUUAAUGGAGACACAGGUGUUAUCCAUGCAGUGAGAUCUUUUGAUUAUGAGCAGUUUAAAAGUUUUAAAGUGCUUGUCUUAGCCAGAGACAACGGUUCUCCUCCACUCAGUAGUAACGUGACUGUGAGUGUUUUCAUAACUGAUGAGAAUGAUAACUCCCCACAAAUAUUAUACCCCUCUCUGGAAGGAAACUCUUUUAUGACUGAGAUGGUGCCCAAAGCUGCCCAGUCAGGCUCUCUGGUAUCAAAGGUGAUCGCAGUGGAUGCAGACUCUGGUCAGAAUGCGUGGCUCUCUUACCACAUAGUGAAAGCAACUGACAUUGGACUUUUCACUAUUGGUGAACACAGUGGAGAAAUCAGACUUCAAAAAGACGUUUCUGAGUCCAUUAAUAUGAAGCAGAAUCUUAUUGUUUCGGUAAAAGAUAACGGAGAGCCUGCGCUCUCUGCUACAUGUUCACUGUAUUUACUAAUUUCUGAUAACUUGGCUGAAGUACCAGAACUGAAAGACAUGUCUUAUGAUGAGAGCAGCUCCAAACUCACUUUUUAUUUGAUCAUCGCGCUGGUGUCCGUCUCCACUUUCUUCCUCACCUUCAUCAUCAUUAUUCUGGCCGUGAGGUUUUGUCACAGGAGGAAGCCCAGGCUGUUGUUUGAUGGAGCUGUAGCCAUUCCCAGUGCAUAUCUCCCUCCAAAUUACGCAGAGGUGGAUGGAAUGGGAACUCUCCGCAGCACCUACAAUUACGAUGCAUAUCUGACCACAGGAUCACGAACCAGUGAUUUCAAGUUUGUUACAUCUUAUAAUGAAGGAACUCUGUCAGCUGACCAGACGCUAAAGAAGUCACCAUCUGUUCUUACUGAUUUUGAGGGACUUGGUGAAAUAUCUGCUGAUUCAGAUCAGGUGAGAGUAGUCUCUUGUCACAUUUUUUUUAAAUACUUACACAUUUUUGUACAAACUGCCAAACUAAUAGUUGUGUAUAUAUAUAUACACUGUAAACCCAGAAGUUGUUUGAACUCAAAUAAAUUAAGUCUGUUUUACAUAAAAUUAGAGAUUUCUAAACAAUACUCAACUAUUUUGACUUAGUUAAACGUUCGUGGGCACAUAUACACUUAAACUGAAAUCUUUGAGUUGAAUCAACUUAUAAUAACUGAGUUUAGUCUGUUGCCAUUGGCAGCCUCUUUUUCAUUGGUUUCUGUCACAAUCUAUUUGCAUACUGAGUGUGUCCAACAGUUUCUGACCUACACUCACCAUCAGUGUGUAGUGAUUCACCCGGGGCUACCUUAGGUAAACUUGUUGAUCAUAUAUUAUGAAUAAAUACUUGGCCUCUGUGGUGUAGGCUGUAGAACAAGCAUCAUUUACUGAGCUGCAGUAACUCUGUGUUCUCGCUGUGCUCUCAGUACUUUUAAUUCUUUACUCUUUUCUUUCAUCUACUUUUCUAUGAGAAUUAAAAAAAAAAUGUUGAAAGAAACCAGGAAGAAGACUAAAUACAAGUUCAGGAAAAUAUUAAUUUUAAAUAUAUAUGUAUAUGUAUUUGUUAAGUUCAUUGUACUUAAAAAUUAUAUUACAUGAACUUAAAAUUUAUUAGGUAAUCGGUUACA